AUGAUGGAGCAGCAAACACAGUCCGGUGAUAGUCCUACGUCCCAGCACCAGUGGAUCGACCAUCGUAUUCAUGAAGCGAUCAAUGCAAGCUUGGGGCCCUUGCAAGCCCAGUUGGCGGCGUUAACGCAGCAUCUCGCCAACAGCACGACGGCGCCGCAACCUCAGGAAGGACUUCAACCACCGCUUCCAACGCGAACGCCAAGCGAGAGCUUGUUCGGCAUCGAUGCUGCGCAGCUUCCGCAACAGUCAAAUGGGAGCCCUAACAAGAGGAAACCAUUGCCAAACCCGCCAAAGUACAAUGGCUCCCGGAAAGGUUAUGCGGCCUGGGCAAGGCAGAUGAGAGACAAGCUAGAACUCGAUGCACACUAUUAUAACGGGAACCGAGACUUGUGGUAUCUUAUUAAUUCGUGCCUAGAAGAAAAACCACAACAGGUCGUGGCCACGUUUUACGCGGCAGGUGGGCCAGGCGGCAAUUUUGACCCCCACGAGUUAAUGCGAUACCUUGACCGCACGUAUAAGGACAGUAAUAUCCAGUCACGAGCAGCGACCUCACUGAGGACUCUACGUCAGCGCGAAGAUCAGUCGCUGGCCACAUUCCUUCCCCGGUUUGAACAAGCCUUGGCGGAAGCAGGUGGAGGCGACUGGCCAGACAGCGCAAAGAUUGUGUUCCUUGAGAACGCCUUAAGCUCGCAACUGCAACGAUGCUUGGUUACUGCGCACCUACCCACGUUAUAUCAGGAAUGGCUAAGCCGAGUUCAGGAAAUUGCUGGGAAACUGGAGAAGCUAGAAGCCCGUGGAGGUUCCGUGCCAAAAGAAGAGAAGGCUCGCUCAGGAGGUUAUCAGCAUGGCCAACAUUCAUCACAGGACCAGGACGGUGACAUAAAGAUGGCGGGGGUAAACAAGACUGCCGAGAAGCCAGAAUUGCCGCGGAACGAACGACGGUGCUAUCGUUGCGGGCGGACAGGCCAUUUUGUUGCGAGUUGCCCAGCCCAAGUGGUGUUUCCAGGAAAUCAGAAGAAAGGCAAGGCUAAAGUCGGUCGGGCGAGCAAGCCCAAGGCGUCAGACAGUUCGGAACCCACGUCCGAGACGAGUGAAGAUGAAGGGGCGGGAAAAGAAUAG